UUAAGAGAAGAAUUUGAAAGGCAAGCAAGAUUAAAGAAAGAACAUGAAGUGGAAAACAUGGGUGAUAUUCAGCUGAGUAUUGAUGCCACUCAGUUGUUUGAUCCGUACGAUAGUGUGCCUUAUCAACGCCAAAACGUAACUGGUAUUUCAAGUAUUUUUGAAAAUAUUGAGGUCGGAUCGUCUGUAGUUCAGCCAAGAAUCACGACUGCAAAAGCCAAUUACACUUUUGGCGCGGAUGGGUAUGUAUCAAACAUUUUUAGUCUUUGGGGCCAAAAUGACUCUUAUUCUCGUCGUGAAAGGUCGUCAGUAACCAUUGGGAUCAACAGAGCUAUGGAAAAAUCUGGAUAUGGUUUAGAAAUGCAGGUAUGUGAUGGCUUUUUAUGUUAG